AUAAUCUUCCAAAAGCUAUUGCAGCAGCUCACACGUUUCUUCUAAAGCACCCAGAUGAUGAAAUGAUGCAAAGAAAUAUGGCCUACUACAAGAGCAUACCUGAUGCUGAGGAGCACAUUAAAGACUUGGAGACAAAGCCUUAUGAGAAUCUUUUUGUCAGGGCUGUGAGAGCAUACAAUGGUGACAACUGGAGGACGGCCAUCUCCGACAUGGAACUGGCUCUUCCCGAUUUCUUCAAAGCCUAUGAUGACUGCACAGCGGCCUGUGAAGGCUCCCGAGAGAUCAAAGAUUUUAAAGACUUUUAUCUCUCCAUUGCAGAUCAUUACAUUGAAGUUCUUGCGUGCAAAGUGCAGUGUGAGAGUAAUCUGACUCCCAUUAUAGGAGGCUUUGUUGUGGAGAAGUUUGUGGCUACCAUGUACCAUUACUUGCAGUUUGCUUAUUACAAAUUGAAUGACAUGAGGAACGCAGCUUCUUGUGCUGCUAGUUACCUUCUGUUUGACCAGAAAGAUGAAGUGAUGAAACAGAACAUGGUCUAUUAUCAGUACCAUAAAGACAAAUGGGGACUCAAAGAAGAGGAUUUUCAGCCCAGAUCGGAGGCAGUUAGGUACCACAACAUAACCACGCUCCAGUCGGAAAUGUAUGAAUUCGCAAAGGAACAUCUGAUGGAUGAUGAUGAGGGUGAAGUAAUGGAAUUCCUUGAUGAGCUAUUAGAAGUGGAGGAAAAUAAGGAAUCCUGAUGAGUGAAAGCGCCA